AUGGCGCUCUGCACUAGUCGUCAUUCAUCCAGCCUGCUUCAAAGAAAUGGCCGUCGUCGCCGUACCAGCAGUGUUGAUCGUCCCAGACGUUCUCUCCUGAUCUCGUCGACUUCUGAGAUAGAAGAUUGCUCUAGUGAUGAAAUGGGAACUCCUAAAUUGAUGGAGCCGCCAACAGCGCUUAAAGUUACGUCUCCUCCUACUCUGAGCAGCACAAAAGUGUUGGAAUGCAAGCUACAGACCGUCAAGCUGUUGACAUACAACGGUCAAAACCGAAGGAACUCAGCGCCCAUCCUUGUUCCGGUUGGCGUCGACGAUGAAAGCAAAUGUGAAUCUGACUACGACAAUGACAUACUAGACCUGCCUACAAGAUCCGUCCCAGAGCAUCGCUUGAAACUCCAACCCCUUUACACGAGCAAAGGAGGAGCAACCAAUCCCUCAAAUCAGGGAGGUGCUGAGAUUCAAGACAAUUGGAUCCCUUCCAUUUUAGGUUGCACUUUGGCCGUGGUGGCCAUGGCUCUGGAUAUGAAUGGGAUCAUCUAG